GUUUGUGCUGCUGGCAGAAUACUAGUUCAUCUUGCGACCAGACUUUGUAGUGGGGACAAUCAUAACCGUCUUGAUUUGGAAUAUUUCCAUUUUUAUUUCGUUUUUACAAGGAAUUGCUUUAUCUUAUUAUUAUUAUUAUUAAAAAUCUCAAUGAUGGCCUGCUCCGGUUUCACCUGCUCCAAGCACUCCCUCUGUGCGCUCAAUAUCCUUUAUGUUUUGGUGAGUCUGCUGAUGAUCGGCAUCGCUGCUUGGGGGAAGUGGUUCGGCCUGGUGUCCAGCUUCCAGGUGGUGGGCGGAGUCAUUGGAGUGGGCGUUUUCCUGUUCUUCGUGGCGUUGGUCGGCCUCAUUGGGGCCGUGAAGCACCACCAGGUCCUACUCUUCUUCUAUAUGAUCAUCCUCUUCAUGGUGUUCAUCGUCCAGUUCUCUGUCUCCAGCGCCUGUCUGGCCAUCAACAAGGAUCAGCAGGAACAACUGUUGGAGGUGGGAUGGAACAACUCUCACACCACCCAGAGAGACGUAGAGAAGAGUCUCAACUGCUGUGGCUUCUACCACGUAGACAACAACGGGACCUGUGAAGCUGCCUGUUUCCCCAACCACUCCUGUUCACCGUGUGCUGAGCACAUCCAGGCGCAUGCAGGAGAGGUGCUGCGCUUCGUGGGCGGGAUAGGCCUCUUCUUCAGCUUCACUGAGAUCCUGGGGGUGUGGCUAACGUAUCAAUACAGGAACCAGAAAGACCCUCGAGCCAAUCCCAGUGCCUUCCUGUAACUGCUGGCAACUGCUGGCUCUGCGCCCUGCCCCCCUCACCCCACAUCCUGGAAGUGGCUAGCCCUCCUCCUGGAGAGCUACUGGAUGUGCAGGCUUUUUCUCCAGCCCUACUCUAACUAACACUAACACAGCUGAUUCUAAACAAAUGAGUUGCUCAUCGGGGCCAUUUUCAGCUGAAUCGGUUGUGUUAGUUAAAGUGGGGCCGAAGCAAAAGCCUGCAGUAGCUCUCCUGGUGGAGGUGGGUUUGCCGCCUGUUUUAGGGGCUGUGUUUGUAAAUAAGCGAGUGACUUGUGUGUGUUUUCACCAGCUGAGCAAAGCGGCAGGCCUUUGUGUGGUGUUUCAUAAAGGUGUGUGUCUGGAAAAUAACUGGGUUCAUUAGGGCACUAAACAGGAGAAAACUGACUGAGACAGGAGGAACUACGUUUUCCUUUACAUUUUCAGUUGCAAGAUGUUUUCUGUUGUGUGCCCUAAAGAACACGACCCGGCUGUAUAUUAAAAUGCUACAUGAGUCUAUUACCCUAAUAGGACACCUGAAGCCACUCCCAAUCCCAAUCAUAUCCUGUAUUUAACCUCUCAUACGUAUAUGGCUCUGCUUCCGAUGCCAAAUCUCUUGGAAUCAACGUUUUCAGAGAAUACAUUUGAUAUUUGAUACACCCUUGAUGGGCAAGCGUUCAGUAUGCUCAGACCAGUAUUAGAGCAUGUGAACUGUGAUGUUGUGACUACUGAAUGACUCCUGUAUUACAAACAAUGACUGACAUAAUGAAGAACAGUUUGUAUUAUUUUGAGCACAUGGCGAUUGAAGACAUCAUUGAAUAUUUGUACAUUUGAUUUUAACACUCAAUAACAGGACUGUAGCGCGCUGUUGACAGUUAUGUGCUGUAACUACAUAACUACAGCUAUUUAAGCAGCUUGUUGUUGCCUUUACUUUACGUCAUCAUGCUACACAGUAUUCAACAAAAAAGUUGUUCUUUAUGUAUAUUUCUGUGUAAACAUUCCUAAUGAUUAGAAAUCUGCUAAACCAAAUGCAUUAAUGUAAGAGUCAGUUGCUUAUGCUGUCUGAAUAUCAACACUAUGUAAUUCUGGGGAAGACUGAACACACAUAUGAUCCACUUUGUUCUGCUGAUAGUGUUACAAAGCCUGGCAGUCGAUUAUGUGCUGCUGUAUCGUGUCUCUGCUAGGAUGUGCUGCUGUAUCAUGUCUCUGCUAGGAUGUGCUGCUGCAUCAUGUCUCUGCUAGGAUGUGCUGCUGUAUCGUGUCUCUGCUAGGAUGUGCUGCUGUAUCAUGUCUCUGCUAGGAUGUGCUGCUGCAUCAUGUCUCUGCUAGGAUGUGCUGCUGUAUCAUGUCUCUGCUAGGAUGUGCUGCUGUAUCAUGUCUCUGCUAGGAUGUGCUGCUGUAUCAUGUCUCUGCUAGGAUGUGCUGCUGCAUCAUGUCUCUGCUAGGAUGUGCUGCUGCAUCAUGUCUCUGCUAGUAUGUGCUGCUGUAUCAUGUCUCUGCUAGGAUGUGCUGCUGCAUCAUGUCUCUGCUAGGAUGUGCUGUUGUAUCAUGUCUCUGCUAGUAUGUGCUGCUGUAUCAUGUCUCUGCUAGGAUGUGCUGCUGCAUCAUGUCUCUGCUAGGAUGUGCUGCUGUAUUAUGUCUCUGCUAGGAUGUGCUGUUGUAUCAUGUCUCUGCUAGGAUGUGCUGCUGCAUCAUGUCUCUGCUAGGAUGUGCUGCUGCAUCAUGUCUCUGCUAGGAUGUGCUGCUGUAUCAUGUCUCUGCUAGGAUGUGCUGCUGCAUCAUGUCUCUGCUAGGAUGUGCUGCUGCAUCAUGUCUCUGCUAGGAUGUGCUGCUGCAUCAUGUCUCUGCUAGGAUGUGCUGCUGCAUCAUGUCUCUGCUAGGAUGUGCUGCUGUAUUAUGUCUCUGCUAGGAUGUGCUGCUGCUACUGAUGGUUCUGUGAACUAGGUACCUGAGCCUUUGUACAAGAAAUCACAAUAAAAUUGAUAUUUUACAUCUC